UCCUUGUGUAAGUUCUACAGAUGUCCAGGCAGCGAUGUCGACCAGUCUACGUCAUGUAUUCUGGGCUCUUCUGGUUGCUCCGUCCUUGAGCUGGAAUUUGUCUUAUUUCGCUCCGCUACACGCCCCUCUCGGACAAGUUGCUGUGUGGAGAAAUAGGGCGUUUAUCUGCGUACCUAGAUACGAUACGGGGACCGUGAGAACCACGCUCUUAGAGGCUACAUGGCCCGAAACUAUAAACUCCACUAACCAGGAAACACAACAGCCAGCAGCAUCCGCCUCUAACACGUCACCUCGGCCCUACCCCAGAGGCGACCAGAAAAUUCAACGACUGGGACACUGCACUUCGCUCCAGAACGUAACAGCUUUGGAUGUCGACUCUAUGAGAGGACGACUCUGGGUUCUGGACGCUGGCACUUCGACCUGCUGGCCUAAAGUGGUUGUCUUUGACCUGCGCAGAAAUGAAGAGGUGUGGAGAGUGGAACUCAGAAAUGUGACGUCAAGAAUGUUAUCGUCUGUUGUUGCGGACACAGUUGUUGGUGCAUGGGGACCUCGCGCCUACGUAGGGGGCUCCGCUUCUGGCUCACUGCUGGUGGUAGAACAGAGAGGAUGGUGGCAGAUCGGACUGGACGUGAAGGGCCCAGAAGCGGCGUAUUUGCGUUCUGCUGGCGCAGCGGCUUUGGUUCUGUCAAGACGCGAGCCCCUCCUAUAUCUCACGGCGCCUGAGACAGACCCCAUGUUCUCGCUCGACCUGUCAGCCAUUCGGUCCUCACCCCGACCGAACAAAAAUGAGGUGAGAAGAGAGUCUGUCAAGUUUCUUGGGAUGAAACUGGGUCCCUCCCGCGGCUUUGUUCUGGACCUGUGGGCAGGACUGCACUAUUUCCUGCCGCGGGACCACGCCGCAGUGCGCUGGGACACAAGACGCCCUCUGUUGGCCGAGUCACACACGGUGCUGCUGCAGUCCCCUAGGGCCUUGCCCCAUGUCAGUCACAUGUUUAUCGACUCCCAGUGGCAGGUGUGGGCCGUCGUCGGACAGCACUGUGUGAAGAUCCAGAAAUAUUCUUUCGUAUAGAAAUAUUACUAACCGAUGUGCGCAUAUCCAAAAAUAAAGUUAUAAAACCGAAUAUAUGUAAGGAG